CAACGCGCCGCGCCGCGCCAUGCCACCGUCCUACGUCAGCCCACUCGCACCGGAUCGCCAUUUAAACGCCGCACCUUUUGCUCCAAGCUCCGCAGUAGAGUUCUCAAAAAAAGAAAAGCUCUGCAGUUAGGCGCGCGCACACACAACACACAUCAUGGUGGGUACCGUUGCCAAGGACGUGACGACCGAGCCGGAGCUGCUGCUGGAGCGCAGCCGGGCGAUCACCGUGCAUGGCAGCGACAAGGAGGGCCGCGCCGUCGUCAGGAUCGUCGGCGAGUACUUCCCCGCGCGCGCGCUGGGCGGGCGGGCGGAGGAGGCGCUCAAGGCGCACCUGCGGAAGCGGGUGCUCCCGGAGGUCGGGGAACGGGAGUUCGUGGUCGUGUACAUGCACUCCCUCGUCGACCGCGGCGACAACUUCCCCGGCCUGGGCGCCAUCCGCGCAGCGUACGAGUGCCUGCCGGCCGCGGCCAAGGAGAGGCUGCGCGCCGUCUACUUCGUGCACCCCGGCAUCCAGGCCCGGCUCUUCUUCGCAACCUUCGGCCGGUUCCUCUUCAGCUCCGGGUUGUACGAGAAGCUGAGGUACAUGAGCAGGCUCGAAUACCUGUGGGCGCACAUAGACAAGGGGGAGCUGGAGGUCCCGGAGUGUGCGCGCCGGCACGACGACGAGCUGGAGCGCCGCCCGCUCAUGGACUACGGAAUCGAGGCGGCCGACCGCUGUUCCGUGUUCGACGCCGCGUCCAUGGACACAUCGGCGUCCCUGCGCUCGCUGCGUUGCUCCUAGCGGGCACCGUGUGAUCGGCCGUCCGGUUGUAGUUUAGCAGGCCUCUUGAUGUUUGUUUGUAAUCUGUACGUACAAAUUAGUAGUACUAGUGUAAAUAAUAAGAAAUAUAUAUAAUAAAGUGACCGAUAAUUCAAAACCGGCUCGGUUAUUCCGCUA